AUGAAUUCUGCGACACCAGGUGUGCCCCAGGUGCCGCUGCUUGAUGAUGACACCAUCGCCUUUGGUGAGGAAGACAAUGCCAGUAAACAGUUUGUGCAUCCUUACAUUGUGUUUUUUCACCUUAUAUUUCGAAGUGCAGCUAUAGUGGUGUACAUUUUAUGUGGCUGGUUCUCAGACUCUUUUAUUGCAAGCUUUGUAUUGGUGAUAUUGCUAUUGUCUGCUGACUUUUGGACAGUGAAAAAUAUAAGUGGUCGUCUAUUGGUUGGAUUAAGGUGGUGGAACUAUGUUGAUGAUGAAGGCAAAUCCCACUGGGUUUUUGAAUCAAAACAGAAUCGAGUUAAUCGUAACGAGAGCCGCCUGUUCUGGCUAGGACUUAUCCUAUGCCCUAUGAUCUGGUCCGGGUUCUUCAUCAUCUGCCUCUUCGGACUCAAGUUUAAGUGGAUGCUCCUGGUCCUCAUAGCGCUUACCCUCACCGGUGCAAAUCUCUACGGUUACGUCAAAUGCAAAUUUGGCGCGAAAGAGAAUCUAAAGUCGGCAACCACAGACUUCGUAAAAAAACAGAUACUACAAAACGCUACGUCGUUCAUGUUCACACAACCUGCUCCGCCUACUACGAGCAACACUGGCAUAGUUUAA